UGGCGUGCUUUGUUUCUUAGUUUGAUCCUCUCCUCGUUCCAAAUGACUAUUCUUCCCUUUUGCUAUGCAGAUAAACGAGGUUGGGAUUCUGCUCAUCCGGCCUUCUCCUGUAAAGAAAUUCUGGACUCUGGACACUCCAAAGGAGACGGAGAGUAUUGGAUCGACCCAGAGAAGAGUGGAAACCCUUUGAAGGUCUAUUGUGACAUGUCAAGAUAUGGUGGAGGUUGGCUUCUGGUGUCAAAUGUUGAGUUCGGAAGUCCCUCUCCUAAGGUGUCAGUUGAGACAUCAUACCGUGGAAUAGGUAAGUCAUACAUGGUUCUGCAGGAAAGUGCCAUGAAAGAACUCAGAAGACACUUGUCCUUCACUCAGCUGAGAUUCCACUGCCACAAGAAACAGGGACGCACAUUCCACGUGGUCACAGCUUCCAACAGCUUAGGCGAAGCUGUGGUCCGGUACUUCAGCGGUGAGACAGAUGAGCAACCGGACGCCUGUGGUUCGUUUGUGAGAUUGACGUUGGAUGAAAAUUCCGAGUUAGCCGGCAUUUGCAAAGAUUGGGGUCGACUAGUAAGUGAAGAGUACUUUGUUGGAAAGUGGGGACAUGGUGAAGGUCAAGAUAGGCUAUACUCGUAUCCCGUCUUGAGAAAAAACAAGUAUCACGUUAGGGUCCUACUGCAUAACGUUGACGAUCUCAAAAAAAUGGAAUGUGAUGAUAGGUCCGGUCCCAAUGUUGGCACAAACGGCGAUUUCUGGAGAGUCUUUGUUCGUUAGUUGUGUCUAUCUGUACACCAAGCAACCCUUGAUUGUGCGAAUAACAGUAACAAACGAAUAAAGCAAAUUAAAGACAGAUGCACCGUUACACUCA